AUGUCAGGAUUUGACUCCUGGGGGAAACAGGGGAUCAGUCUCUCUACACUGUGUAUUAUCCUUAACCCUGGUGCCUCUACGUGGUUUGAGCGCUGCAGUAUAAUGGUGAUAUUACUCAACUGUGUGACCCUGGGCAUGUACCAACCCUGUGAGAACAUAGACUGCUCUUCAGACCGCUGUAAGGUACUACAGGCCUUCGACGUGUUCAUCUAUGUCUUCUUUGCGGUGGAAAUGGUGGUGAAGAUGAUGGCCCUCGGAAUCUUUGGCCGUCGCUGUUACCUGGGCGACACGUGGAACCGUCUGGAUUUCUUCAUCGUCAUGGCAGGGUAA